CUGCCAGCGAACUAAGCAUUUCGGAGAUUCGCCAUGGCUGCAGAAAAAGAGCCCGACUCGAAGGAGGAAUUCAGCGAUGAAAAACUGAAAAAGUCUACCCGCAAGACUAAAGUCAUCGUUAUCGCUGCCUUAACAGUUUUUCUUUUACUUGGGGCGGUGGUUUCUGUGGCGCUGUAUUUGACGAUAAACCAAUCGACUCCAAGUCAGUCAAAUCGUCUAACAGAUGUAAAUUUGAAUACGGGCGAUACACUCACUUACCAAGUGGAUCAGGAUAUAGAAGCAGAAACGGGAAAUAAGAAGCAGAGAGGUAGGCUGAUAAAGUAUUACACAAAAAGAGUUCUUUUAAUAUCGAAAUUUCAUUAACACAGUUUCUAGGUUAUAUCUUUCAAAAACUGAGGAAUACACUGAUAAAUAUAUUCAAUGGAAAGAUCCUGAAGAACCAAAUAAAGCAGUUUUGAUAUAAACUGCAUAAUUACAAAGAUGAAAGUAGAUUACAGUUCAUUCACUUCUCGAGCAGUCCGGUUAUCAAGUUGGCCAUGUUCCGUAAAAACUUCGUUGUCUUGCAUCAUUAGCUGAAAUUUUUGUGCCAUUUCAUCCAAUUGCUUCUUCGUAUUCUCUAUACCAAUACAAAUAUCACACUCGAAUAUAUACCACGUGGAAUACCGCCUAUCAAAUUAGAUAACAAAAUGUUAGUAAAAUGAUUCUGGCUUUGGGUGUGGCCAGUCAAAUCAAAAUUUAAUAAGUGGUUCUUUACAGUGUUGUUUCAGCAUUGCUCAGCAUAAAUUUCACAAAAUGAUUAAAAGUUUCAGUGUCUGUUAUCUGGCACUGAUUUUUGACAUGCAAUAAAUUAUUUUUGCUUGGCCAAUUUAAAUUUAGAGCUGGCAGUCAAUCAAAUUAAACAAAAUCAACUAAGGAACUUUUAACCCUUUAGGUCCCUGAAUGUUGCAAGGGCAGACACAUAUUUAACCUCACUAAAUAAUUCAACACAUACAGGACUCAUUUACUGAUACGCAAAAGUACAAAAAUAUAUUUUAAAGGGUUGUUCUUAUAUCUCAGAAAACAUUUUACACUUGAAAGCAUAAUUUCUUCUCUUCAGGCACGACCCACCCGAUUGAACAAUUUUAUUCAAGAGUUCUAGUGUUAGUAACCUACAUAAAAUGAAUGAGCAAUUACUUUAGUAGAAUCAAAAACGAAAGAAACACUUUGAUUAUACCUUUUUGAGGAGAUCCAGAUCGCUGGUUACUAGCAACACAAACAUACAAAAAAAAUCUAACUUUCGUUCACUAAGCGCCUUAUUUUAAAUCUUUCAGUAAACUUUGAUCAAGUGAGAAUCAAGGCGAAUUAGCGAGAUAAGACGCAUAUAAUGACCGAUGUAAUUUUCUCUCUCGGAGAAAAAAGCCGCGUAGAAAAGGCGCGAACUACCAGUAUUAAAAAGAAGAUUUCUUUUACGUGGCUCUUUCCAUUUUUCUUUUUCUUAAAAAAAAUGUUACUCUAAUCGUUUUUGCUGUUCAACACCGUAAAAACACGCCAAUCAAUCAAGCGUUUCGUGAAGCCAAUACCCUCAAAAAGGCCGAAAGUAGAGUGGUUAGAACUUGUAAAACCACAAAUGGGAAACAAUAUAAGUUGUCUUCCCUCCGACUCUUGACAACGGUAAGUAAAUAGCACAACUUGACGACAAAGUACUUCAUUUGAAGAUGUAAAUAUUAAUUAGUUAUUCAUGAACCCAUUCUUUUUAUCCGUAUCAGCCUUUUUCCUGACCGAAACUUAAAAUUAAAGUUAAAUUUACGCGUGGUUCCACGAAAUAACAAAAAAAAAUUCUUUUCAAAGGAUUCAUAAGAUGUUUUACACUGAUCGACAAACUUAUUCCCUCCCAUUUUCUGUUACACACUUAUUAAGCUGUAGCUUAAACUUAAUCGCGAAUCAUGGCCUAUUGUUUUGACUCAACUGAGGAUGUUUGACUCUAUCUGAUGUACCAUUUGGAAAUUUUUACAAUACAAAGAGUUUUUGGGACCGUGGACGUUCUUUUGAUAAUAACGUCCAAAAAUCACAGUCUUAACAAUAUUAGCAUUUCUCAUCGAACUUUCCUGUUUCUCGACGCUACGUUAGCUGCUUGCCUUAGCACAAAUUCUCGGCCGGAAACUGGUGUCUAUUUUGCACCAUCUACUUGCGAGAUCACGUGAAUGAUCAUGCAGUGUAAUUACUUCCCCACUUCCCUUCCCCUUUGCUACUAGUUAUACCUAUAAUUCUUGAUUGCUAUUUUUCAGGAACUAUACGUGCGGUAGUUGGGAUCAUGGUCCUCAACAAGACAUCCGAGGAGUACUGGUUCCUAAUGCAAUUCAACGUGUCCCAAGUGAGCGGGGAGGUGGACAUUGUGGACGGCAAUGAAACAAUAGAUUUUUUCCUGAUUCGUUUUCAUCUUGAUUCCGGGUAAAUAUCAUGUUUCAGGGUGUAAUUGAUAUUCAUUAACUUUUUUGCCCUCGGAAAAAAAAUACUCUUGGUAUUUCAAAAAAAACAUGUGUUAUUGAAAUGCUUUGUUUAUAGCGAAAGUGCGCUUAGCUGUAAAUGCAACGAGCUAGUCUAGAAUGCUGACUCCACAGAAAUAAUUUAAAACGAAUAAUUCAAAUAGAGCAAAAUAGAAUUAGAAACCCCAGGCCUGUUGAAUGGAGACAACCAGUUGCAUUAGCCUGUUCCAGGCGUUCAGAUAGUGGGGAGCGGUGCGAAAAGGAACAGGCUAAAUUUGGGUAUGCACAAGUUUAGCUUAAGAUUUUAACUGGGGGCGUCCGCCCAGGGACUUCGAGAAUUGAACCAAAUUUCCCGGUGUUCUCGGGAAAUCCGAGUUCGCUCACCCGAAUGAAACGGCUUUUUGUUAUAUUUUUUAGAAAUUCAAGUCAUGGAAGCAACGUAUCAUUUGAAAUCUAUGGUAUGAAUUCCACUGAUGACGGCAAACUACGGCUUGUGUAUGGUAUUCUUCAACAAUUACUGCCGACAGUGAAACGGGACCUUUAUGAAAAAGUGGAUGGGAAAACUACAGACUCGAAUUCUCUCAGUCCUGAAGAGUCUCCCUUGCUUCCUCAGUCAGUGAGGAUGCACCGUGAAGCAAACACAUCAGAUAAGGACACAGUCUCCAUCCAGAAUCACUUUGAUGGAUCAGACUUCGUUGGAAUGCCAUCAGGAGUCGAUCUGGACAUGAAAUAAAGUUCAUUCACUUCUCGAGCAGUCCGGUUAUCAAGUUGGCCAUGUUCCGUAAAAACUUCGUUGUCUUGCAUCAUUAGCUGAAAUUUUUGUGCCAUUUCAUCCAAUUGCUUCUUCGUAUUCUCUAUACCAAUGCAAAUAUCACACUCGAAUAUAUACCACGUGGAAUACCGCCUAUCAAAUUAGAUAAUAAAAUGUUAGUAAAAUGAUUCUGGCUUUGGGUGUGGCCAGUCAAAUCAAAUUUAAUAAGUGGUUCUUUACAGUGUUGUUUCAGCAUUGCUCAGCAUGAAUUUCACAGAAUGAUUAAAAUUUUCAGUGUCUGUUAUCUGGCCCGGAUUUUUGACAUGCAAUAAAUUAUUUUUGCUUGGCCGAUUUAAAUUUAGAGCUCGCAGUCAAUCAAAUUAAACAAAAUCAACUAAGGAACUUGUAUAACCCUUUAGGUCGCUGAAUGUUGCAAGGGCAGACAUAUAUUUAACCUCACUAAAUAAUUCAACACGCGCAGACUCAUUUACUGAUGUACAAAAGUACAAAAAUAUAUUUUGAAGGGUUGUUCUUAUAUCUCAGAAAAAAAUUUACACGUGAAAGUAUAAUUUCUACUCUUCAGGCACGACCCACCUGAUUGAACAAUUUUAUUCAAUAGUUCUAGUGUUAGUACCCUAUCUAAAAGGAAUGAGCAAUUAACUUAGUAGGAUCAAAAACGAAAGAAACACUUCGAUUAUACAUUUUUGAGGAGAUCCAGAUCGCUGGUUACUAGCAACACAAACAUACAAAAAAAAUCUAACUUUCGUUCACUCAGCGCCUUAUUUUAAAUCUUUCAGUAAACUUUGGUCAAGUGAGAAUCAAGGCGAAUUAGCGAGAUAAGACGCAUAUAAUGACCGAUGUAAUUUUCUCUCUCGGAGAAAAAAGCCGCGUAGAAAAGGCGCGAACUACCAGUAUUAAAAAGGGGAAAAUUUCUUUUACGUGGCUCUUUCCAUUUUUCUUUUCUUAAAAAAAAAACGGUUACUCUAAUCGCUUCUGCUGUUCAACACCGUAAAAACACGCCAAUCAAUCAAGCGUUUCGUGAAGCCAAUACCCUCAAAAAGGCCGAAAGUAGAGUGGUUAGAACUUGUAAAACCACAAAUGGGAAACAAUAUAAGUUGUCUUUCCUCCGACUCUUGACAACGGUAAGUAAAUAGCACAACUUGACGACAAAGUACUUCAUUUGAAGCUGUAAAUAUUAAUUAGUCAUUCAUGACCCCAUUCUUUUUAUCCGUAUCAGCACCGGAACUUAAAAUUAAAGUUAAAUUUACGCGUGGUUCCACGAAAUAACAAAAAUGAAAUUCUUCUCGAAGGAUUCAUGAGAUGUUUUACACUGAUCAACAAACUUAUUCUCUCCCAUUUUCUGUUACACACUUAUUAAGCUGUAGCUUAAACUUAAUUGUGAAUCAUGGCCUAUUGUUUUGACUCAAGAGAGGAUGUUUGACUCUAUGUGAUGUACCAUUUGGAAAUUUUUACAAUGCAAAGAGUUUUUGGGACCGUGGACGUUCUUCUAAUAAUAACGUCCAAAAAUCACAGUCUUAACAAUAUUAACGUUUCUCAUCGAACGUUCCUCCUCUUUUCUCGACGCUACGUUAGCUGCCUGUCUUAGCACAAAUUCUCGGCCGGAAACUGGUGUCUGUUUUGCACCAACUACUUGCGAGAUCACGUGAAUGAUCAUGCAGUGAAAUUACUUCCCCACUCCCCUUCCCCUUUGCUACUAGUUAUACCUGUAAUAUCAUAGGUGACGAAUUACUCCUUAAUUUUGGCGCGAAAUUUCAGCGUUAAUUUGUAAUUUCACAUGUGAAAUUACAAAAUUGCCAUGGCAACCCUUCCGUAUGUCUCAGUGUCAAGAUGGCGACGAAGUUUAAAAUGCUGUGAAUGAAGAUGUCAGGGCACAAAAAGACGCUUUAGAAAACCUGAACACACAAGAGAACAUCAAGAACAAUUCUAACAGGUAUUUUGCCGAAAAAGUCUGAAAAAUUCUGAACUAUAUAAGCCAAAUUUAAGGUCUAAACAUUUGAGAGAGUGGAGUUCUCGAUCGAUACGAUCCAGGAUAAACAUGUCAAAAAUCCAAGAUUGCCAACGUAAUUCGUCACCUUUGAUAUUAAUAGGUAAUCAAAUGGUAUACUCGUGAAAUUAGGGAAUAAUUUCACUUGCGUUUUGUCCAAAUCCUAAUAAUUUCCCUCGCCUGAAGGCUCGGGAAAUCAUUAGGAUUUGGACAAAACGCGCGUGAAAUUAUUCCCUAAUUUCACUCGUCACCAUUUGAUUACACAUACUAAUUCUUGAUUGUUAUUUUUCAGGAACUAUACGCGCGGUAGUUGGCAUCAUGGUCCUCAACAAGACAUCCGAGGAGUACUGGUUCCUAAUGCAAUUCAACGUGUCCCAAGUGAGCGGGGAGGUGGACAUUGUAGACGGCAAUGAAACAAUAGAUUUUUUCCUGAUUCGUUUUCAUCUUGAUUCCGGGUAAAUAUCAUGUUUUCUGGGUGUAAUUUAUAUUCAUUAACUUUUUUGCUCUCGGAAAAAAAAAUACUCUUGGCAUUAAAAAAAAAAUGUGUUAUUGAAAUGCUUUGUUUAUAGCGAAAGUGCGCUUAGCUCUAAAUGCAACGAGCUAGUUUAGAAGCGUGACUCCACAGAAAUAAUUAAAAACGAAUAAUUCAAAUAGGGCAAAACAGAAUUAGAAACCCCUAUUGACUGGAGACAACCGGUUGGAUUUGCCUGUUCCAGGCGUUCAGAUAGUGGGGAGCGCUGCGAAGUAAAAAGGAACAGGUUACGGUUGGAUAUGCACAACUGGAGGCGUCCUUCCAGGGGCUUCGAGAAUUUAACCAAAUUCCCCGGCCUUCUCGGGAAAUCCGAGUUCGCUUACCCGAAUGAUUAUAUUGAACUUACUUACCUAAUGGACAUGGGUUAAAACCCUUCUUCAAACUACAUAGCAACCUGUGAUUCCGAUAGAAGAAUUCGACCUUCGAGGGACUUAUACGAUUACUACCCGUUUACGAGCAGUGUACCUAACACAGCUUUUAAACAAACAAGGGUUGUGAGGCGGUGCCUACAGUCGUCCUUAUCUGAGCUAGGACUACAAAGUCAAACCGUUUGCAGAUAACUUCAAACAACAUAAUAUAUCACUCUGUAAUGCAAAUCAAGUUUUCCUGGUCAUAAAAGACAAACAUUAGCCUAGAUUCAGCGGCACGUACAUGCAUAUUACAUAAUCUAACUUUUAAAAAAGACUGUUCAAUCAUGGCUGUUUUUGGGAGUACAAAUGAAAAGGCUCUCUGUUAUUAAUUUUAGAAAUUCAAGUCAUGGAAGCAACGUAUCAUUUGAAAUCUAUGGUAUGAAUUCCACUGAUGACGGCAAACUACGGCUGGUGCAUGGUAUUCUUCAGCAAUUACUGCCGACAGUGAAACGGGACCUUUAUGAAAAAGUGGAUGGGAAACCUACAGACUCGAAUUCUCUCAGUCCUGAACAGUCUCCUUUGCUUCCUCAGUCAGUGAGGAUGCACCGUGAAGCAAACACAUCAGAUAAGGACACAGUCUCCAUCCAGAAUCACUUUGAUGGAUCAGACUUCGUUGGAAUGCCAUCAGGAGUCGAUCUGGACAUGAAAUACUCUGAUUCUGCGCUCAUAAAAAAGAGCAACGGGAUGGUGUCAGAGAGUCGUGUAUACUUUUCUGAACAGCUAAAUCUUGGAGGCGAGAUUGACGGCCAGAGCGGUGGGGGUGUUCCUACGAUGAAAGUAACUUUAAUGAGUCGAAUAUCCCUCGUUGAGACUGAAUAUUUUGGAUUCGCCGAUUUAGAAACGGACGACCUUUUUGUGAAGCUGGUGGUUCGGAAGGCAACUGCGAGCAUUUCCGUUAACAAUACUCAAAGUGAAUCGAGUGAACAGAGCAUCUCUGGCGACGCGUCGCUGAAACGCUCUCGGCGAUCGGUGUAUAACAACGUUAGCAACGUUAACGAGUCGCAGGUUGCUGAAAUCUGGGAUAGAAUCCCUCCAGUUUGUCUUUUCGUCAAUCGCACCACGUUUCUCCUUCUAAAUGAGACUGUUCUAGGCGUAAGAGUGAAAUUGCUUGCGUCCUUGACAGUUAAUAUAGACGGAGUCGGAAUGCCGCAAAUAGAAGUUGAGCUCACUUUGAAAAUUGGAGUACGUUUAAUCCGCACGGUUUAUAGACGAAACUUCACAAUUCCGCCACAGUUGGGAAUGGGCUCUACAGUUAUUGAGGCACAAAGGAGGAUACUUCUGGUAAGUAUGAUUAGGAUGAAAUGCCUUUCCUAGUGUGAGGCUAGGUUUACAUUAAUCUAAUAAAGAAAUAUAAAUGUUUCAGGGUUUCCAACAUUUAGGGUAAUCGAAUUCGCAGUGGUUCGUACAAAUCAGUUAAAUACGAGAACAUUCUAUUCGUAUACAAAGUAUUCAGUUUAGAUCAGAUUCUGUAUUCCAAAUACCCAAUCACGUGACUAAACCAGGAAAUAUUCAUUUCGAAUUCACACAUCUGUGUGUAAACGACAAAACAACUGACCCGGUACCAAGAUGUUCCAGAUUCAUCACAAAUCUCCUUUCGUGUAAAUCUAUAGCUAGAGUGUGAAAAAGCAAAUGUCUGAACUCUUCCACUUGGUGCUUCCCUCCCCUCCCCCGCCCCCACGCCCGCUUCCCUCCCCAUUUUGAUCAAACUGUCUCUCUCGUUGGCAUCCGCAGAAAUUUGUCCUGGUUCUAACUUCUUUAAAACUUGUUCUAAUAUAAAGAGCCUCUUGGUAAUGAUCAUACUCUAAGAACGAAGUAUAGAACACACCCUUUAAAUACCUGGGCUUCUAAUCUGGCUAAUAUGGUAAUUAGUACCCAAUAACAUAACUUGCUAUACUAUUUUUCUCUUCACAGUCCUUAGACCUCUCUGAUUUUAGCAUACAAUCACUAACGACAGAGCUCCUCCUAAUUUUUAAUGUCCAGUUCCGAGUUAGCCUUCCUGCUGACGGAAACUCCCUCGAUCCUCUUAAGCUGAAAGUUAAGGUAAUAAAUUUAACUAAAUUUGAUUUAUUUGUCUGCAGCAUUACAGCAAUUUUCAGUGGAGUGUAGAAAGAAAUUUUUUCUUAGCUUUGACUUUUACUGAAUUGCUCCUCCAUGUGACUGGCCAAACAAUAUCGCGUUAUUCUCUCAAACAGUCACAACUUAUCAGAACCAAACCAAUCGUGUCCCCAAGCUAUAGGCUAAACGUGAAAAUCCCGAAACUGAAUUAUAUCUAACCCAGUAAGAAGUCAAACCAAAACUAGCUUAACUAGCUUAAAUAGCCUAGCGCUUUAGGCUAUUGUAAAGUUGCGUCGGGAACUGGGUUAACAUUCGUCCCNUCACAAAUCUCCUUUCGUGUAAAUCUAUAGCUAGAGUGUGAAAAAGCAAAUGUCUGAACUCUUCCACUUGGUGCUUCCCUCCCCUCCCCCGCCCCCACGCCCGCUUCCCUCCCCAUUUUGAUCAAACUGUCUCUCUCGUUGGCAUCCGCAGAAAUUUGUCCUGGUUCUAACUUCUUUAAAACUUGUUCUAAUAUAAAGAGCCUCUUGGUAAUGAUCAUACUCUAAGAACGAAGUAUAGAACACACCCUUUAAAUACCUGGGCUUCUAAUCUGGCUAAUAUGGUAAUUAGUACCCAAUAACAUAACUUGCUAUACUAUUUUUCUCUUCACAGUCCUUAGACCUCUCUGAUUUUAGCAUACAAUCACUAACGACAGAGCUCCUCCUAAUUUUUAAUGUCCAGUUCCGAGUUAGCCUUCCUGCUGACGGAAACUCCCUCGAUCCUCUUAAGCUGAAAGUUAAGGUAAUAAAUUUAACUAAAUUUGAUUUAUUUGUCUGCAGCAUUACAGCAAUUUUCAGUGGAGUGUCGAAAGAAAUUUUUUCUUAGCUUUGACUUUUACUGAAUUGCUCCUCCAUGUGACUGGCCAAACAAUAUCGCGUUCAUCUCUCAAACAGUCAGAACCAAACCAAUCGCGUCCCCAAGCUAUAGGCUAAACGUGAAAAUCCCGAAACUCAAUUAUAUCUAACCCAGUAAGAAGUCAAACCAAAACUAGCUUAACUUGCUUAAACGGCAGAGUAUUCCUGCGCUUAGGACCUGCCAGGGUUUCUUCGAGAUCUGAUUGGCUCAUAAUCAUACUUGAAAUGCGCACUUUGUUUCUUCAGUUUGUGUUACCGCGCCAUGAUCAACUGAAAAAGAGCUCUUCGUUAAUUAAAGAGGUCUCGCAAUGCAAAAUAUUGAAAGGCAGGCACUUUUCCUCUAUAUCCGAGAAUAUGUGCCCGGACAAGGUCAAUUCCCCACGGCCUACAGAUAUAAAUGCAAAGGACAAAAUGAAGGAUUUAAUACAAACUUAAAAGAUGCAUUCUUACUGAUAGUGUUAGAAUCGUAUCUUUAAAAGAAACUUGCAUAGCAUGCAGUACGAGUAAACUUAGCACGCGUUUGAAAAAAGUUACCAGGCAUUUCUUGAACACUGAGAACGAAGACCGACAACAUAACAAGUAAGACUACACAACAUACUUUUAAACUGAGGAUUGCCAUUGGCUUGAGUUGGUCGGUGUUAUGUCGAGUUUUUCUAUGGAAAUGUUUUAAGGAAGCUAGCGCUUUAGGCUAUUGUAAAGUUGCGUCGGGAACUGGGUUAAAAUUCGUCCCCUAAAACAGUCCCAUAGUGCAAUUCGACUUAACACAGACCCAGUCUCACGCGAACCCUCAAAAUAACCAGUGUCCACACGAGUCCGUUUAAUUUUUAUAUACGAACACAAACUUUAUUUUUCUGCUUUUGUCCACAUGGGAUCGGCUUUUAUCCCUUUACGCACUUAGCCAAUCAGAAGCCGACUGUGUUUCUUGCUGUUGCAGGAAAUUUUGGGUUGUGGUGUGGGUAUUGAAUGUCCAAGGAUUUCUACUGAUUGCACCGUCCGCAAUUCAAACUAUCAAUCUUGACACCUUUCGCGAAGAAAAUAUCCCGUAAAUUAGUCGCUCCAGUAUGGGAACCGCAAUCGCAAAUUUUUACAUAAAAGUGUACAAAAGAAUUACAAAAUAAAAAACUCACAUGUAAGGACGUAAUCUAAAAUCUAAAUGGGAAGAAAUUAAAUAUGGCGCGUUUAAAAUAUUAUGUGGGACGUAUUAUCCAAUCUAAUAAUAGCUCUUUUAUGUUCUUUGUUUUCUUCAGGUGGAACCUAUCACCAAGAUAUCCUUGUUUGUGAAGACAUUCCGUUUUCGCUAUCAUUGGUUCCGACAUACCCAAGUUAGAGCUAAUAUGCAGGGUACAUUGGUAGACGUUAGUCUCCCUGUGACCCUGUCCUUCUGUAAUGACACGCUGUGUGCCUCAUUAUCUGUUCGCCUGAACGCGCUGAGACUGGGAGGCGGCAUUACUAUUUGGCUGCCUCGACGAGUAAUAAAGAGGGUGUGCGGCUUCAAGUGGGAGUGGACCCGACUUUGGAGGAGCAGAUGGGGAUGGAGAUGGGGAAGGAAAAGGAUAAGGAAAUGCAGCUCCCAAAUACGGCGGCUGUAUGUAAACAAGUUACUGCUGCUCAGCAGCGUAUUGUACCCCACAGUCAACAGGAACGAGACACUGCUCCAGGUCUGCAACAUCACGAAGAAUGAAAGUAUUUCAAUUUCACCAUCUUUGUCACCAUCAACUUCGUUUUCACUAUCUGCAUCGAUUUCCCUGUCAAACUCUGUAUCAAUUUCGCCAACUACAUCGGCAUCAACAUCCGCGUCCCUAUCUACAUCGGCAUCGCCAUCCUCGUCCCUAUCUAUGUCGGCAUCACCAUCCACAUCCAUAUCUACGUCGACUGCACCAUCCACGUCCAUAUCUGCAUUGCCAUCACCUUCCGCGUCCCUGUCUAUAUCGGCGUCACCAUCCACGUCCUUAUCUAUAUCGAUUGCACCAACUUCAUCAACACUUGUAAUAGCAAGUAGCGCGUAA